AUGCCUCUAGAGGAAUCGGAUGCCGUCGAAAGCAAUGCAUAUGACGGCGAGGCUGAAGAGCAGCCACCGCAGCCCGCCUUCGAAAGCCAUGCGUAUGGCGGCGAGGAGAAGAUGAAAAGCAGCCUUCUUGGCCCGCCUUUGAAGGCCAUGAAUAUGGCGACGAAGCCGAAGAGCAGCCACCCCAGGCUAACGACGGCUACGGUGAGGCAGCUGGCGGCGGAGAUGACUGGUAGUCUGAUGCCAUUACUAGUAGUCCCGUGCAAGAUCUGA